UAUAAUAUCACAUUUGACAGAUGUGCUGCAACAAGCAUAGUAUUUAUUUAUAAAUGUAUUUAUUUAAAUUAAACAAUAAUGGAUUUUAUUAAAACAAUAAAUAUACGGAAAUUGACACCUUUUAUAGUUUUAUUAGUUCUAGAAUUAAUGUACGAUGUUAGCGAAUGUGCAACACAAGCCGAAAUUAAUAGACAUUUAGAAGCUGGCAGGGAAUAUUUACAAAGAAAUCAACUUGCAGAUGCCCUUAGGGAAUAUCAUGCCGCAGUCGAAGGGGAUCCAACAAAUUAUUUAACAAACUUUAAAAGAGGCACAGUUUAUCUUGCCUUAGGUAGAGCUAGAUUAGCUUUACAAGACUUUGGAACAGUUCUAGAAUUAAAACCAGAUUUCACAGCAGCUCGACUACAAAGAGGAAGUGUGCUAAUGAAGCUUGGAGAGUAUGAUUCUGCUUAUUUAGAUCUUUAUAAUGUGCUAUCAGUAGAUCCAUAUAAUGAAGAUGCAAAUGUUUUAUUUCAACGAGUACAUCCAGCUCAAGAAUCAUUCAUGAUUGCCCAUGAGUUGAAACAAAUGAGGAACUUUGAUGGUGCUAUUAGAGAAUUAACAAAUUUGUUAGAAAUUUCACCUUGGUCAUCAGAAAUUCGUCAUCUAAGGGCUGAUUGUUAUUUAGAACAGGGUGAAGUUUUGAGUGCUGUAUCAGAUUUGCGUGCCAUAAAUAGACUUCAGCAAGAUAGUAUAGAAGGAUAUUUAAACUUAGAAUUACUGUAUCAAGCAGGGUUUGUGGCUGAAUCUUUGAAAGAAAUAAGAGAAUGCUUACGACUUGAUCCAGAACAUAAAGACUUUCCAUUGUAUAAGAAAAUUAAAAAGAUAGAUAAAUUUUUAAAUACAGCUGAACAUUCUUUAGAAAGUGGAAACUUUGGUGAAUGUAUAGAACAAGCUGGAAAGGUUUUAAAAGCUGAAGAUACAGUUAUUGAUGUUAUAUUUAAUGCCAAGAAACUGCUGUGCAGUUGCUAUGUAAAGGAUGAACAAUACACAGUUGCUAUUGGCACUUGUAGAGCUGCAUUAGAAAUUCAUCAAGAUCCAUCAAUAAUGUGUGAUAGAGCUGAUGCUUAUAUUGGUACAGAAAUGUAUGAUGACGCCAUCCAUGAUUAUAAAUCAGCUUUGGAAAUAAAUGAGCAUGAUCAGAGAGCGAAAGAUGGGCUUUUGAAGGCUCAGAGGUUACAAAAGCAAGCUGAGAGAAGAGACUAUUAUAAAAUUCUAGGUGUAAAAAGAACAGCUACAAAGCAAGAGAUCAUUAAAGCUUAUCGAAAAGCAGCACAAAAAUGGCAUCCUGAUAAUUUCAAAGAUGAUGAAAAGAAAAUAGCAGAGAAUAAAUUUAUAGAUAUUGCUGCUGCUAAAGAGGUUCUUACUGAUCCUGAGAAAAGAGCUCAGUUUGACAACGGUGAAGAUCCUUUAGAUCCAGAAUCUGCAAAUAAUCACAGAGGGGGCGGUGGUUCACCGUUCCAUCACUUCCAUCAUGGAUCACCAUUUCAAUUUAAAUUCCAUUUCAAUUAAGGCUUAUGAAACAUUAUAUGUGAUUAUACAUAUGAGGAGUCUGUAUGUGAUUCAAGACUGUAUUAAUAGAUCAGUGUGAAAUUUGAAUAGCGUGCAUGGAGUACUGAUGAAUAAGCGGGUGCUUAUGUAUAAUACAGAAUUGUAGGUAUAUUUAUACAACUUUCUGAGUUAGCUGAAUAUUUGUAUAUUAUUCAUUUAUAAUUUAUUUUUAUAUUU